AUGAUUUCUCUGCACAUUUCAAUACUUCAAUUUCCAAUUUUCAUUGUUGAAUGCUCAACCCAAUUAUGUAUAUUUGGAUCUCAGUCCUUAAAGCCAUGCGCUGGCCUAAAUGAUGUUGUUGAUUGGUCUACAGUUCACUAUGUUGUUACUAAAUAUCGAUUUGAAUUCAACCUUUACAUGAGAAAUUCCUUUAUUUUUCUCUUUCUACUUUUUGUUUUCCACAUUUAUUUAUCACAGAAUGUGAGGAGGUCGCGAAACACGAUCGCACUUGGGAAUCAUCUAGAGAAGUUUCUGGAGGGAUAUAGCUGUUAUGGGGACGUAUAUCCAUGGACAAAAGAGCACUUACUCCAUCAAAAUCAAUAG